AUGCAUUUCACUCGCCGUGCUAUUUCACCAAAAGCAUCGAUUGUUUUUGAUUCACACGCUAAUUCGAUCAAUUCAUCUUUGUCUCGUAGACCGAGAUUAUCGGAAUGUUUUGAAGAAGAAGAACAAUCUGGUAAUAUGCAGCAAGAUAUUCCAAUUGAUAAUAAUGGUAAGUAUUUAAAUGAGAGGUGGGAUGAGCUUCAACCCUACAGUAAUUCUCAGAAAGUCAUUCGCUAAAUGAGUCAUAUAUUGGGUACACUUGGUAAAAAGCCAUCUCCAAUGUUUCUUUUUGCACUCAAAAAUAUUAUUAAACCUUUGAUUUUGUGUAAAGUAGCUAUAUGAUGUCACUUGACACGUGCUAUAUCAUAAUAUCCCUGAAAAAACAAAUUGUUUUUUUUUUCGAAGAUACGAGUCGGACAACAGUUUUCAGAAUCACCUGACAUUUAAUUUAGAAUAUAUGAAUUCUGAUACUCAAAUCCUCUGUGUCCCAAUUAUUUUUCUAUCCAGCGGUUUCUUCUCAAAAAUGCCCAAAUCUUUUUUUUUUUGAAAAAAAAAACUAUUUUUCACGGAUUACUGUAUUCGUUGUGUGUUUGCACACACACACGAAAACAUCGAAUCUGACGUUCAAAUGUUUUUUCAUUUUUUUUCUCGCGCAAGUUUUCUUCAAAAUAAUCGAGCUUCUCCACACAAUGUAUCCAUUUUUCUCUAUAGAAAAAGAAGAACAUCUUUAAUUAUCGCAUAGGUUUCAGGUUAUUGAGAAAUUUUCGACUUGUUCAGUAAAAAUCACUUGAUCUUGCAAUUUUUCCAUCUAAGAUUUAAUAUUUCUGAAUAAUAACAAUCCUGUUCUGAUUACAACAAAAAAUGUCAAGGAAAUAUUCUCUUUUUUCACGUCAUCCAAUAUUCAUUUUCUCUAACUUCUCUCUAGCUUCCUCUUUUCUCUAUUUCUCUCAUCUCUAUCCACUGGCCGAGUUAUUCAAUAUUCACCAUAGUCACAUUUUCGAAACUUUUUCUUUGAAAAUAUAAAUAAAAUAACAAUAGAAAUAGCAAAUAAUUUCGAAAUCAUAUUUAUCGAAAUUGUUUUUGAUUCGAUUAUAAAUUUUUCUCAAGACAUUUUGUGUCGGGAUUUUUCUUGCACUCAAAAAUGCGUCCACGAGCACCUAUCACAAUGUAAAUAUAAAAUUAAUCCGCUCACUUAUUUCAAUGUUGUUGUCCUUUUCUCAUCCGAUUUCAAAAAAGAGCCAAACGGAAAUGUAUUUUAUUGAUUUUAGCCCCUCGCAGUCUUGUUUUUUUCGCUCUAUUUGAACUUGUUUCUUUUCUCUUUUGUUAUUUUCUUUUCAGAUUCCGGAUUUUUUCUGAAAAUGAAUUACCUAAUUCAAACAAAAACAUUCGCACGUGAUAAAAUAAGUUCUCAUUGUUAAAUAUUUAUCAAAUUAAAAAAUCAUUUAUCAUUUCGAUUUUUUGUGAUUAUUUAUCCUCAAGAAAUGUUUGAUUGCUUAUAUUUUAAACUAUAACCUUGAGGGAAAAAUCACAAAUCUUCACAUUUAUUCAUUUUUUCUCUCUCUCUUUCAUUCUUCAAUCGCACUUUCGCAGAGUACAUCAAUGGAUCAAUUCAUCUUAAGAAAAAAUGAAUUUCGCGACAUUUUUUGUCGCGAAAUUGCAAUUCGUGAAACGACACGAAAUAAACACAAAAAUAAAGGAGAAAUAUUAAAGGGACACGUAAUCGCUGCGAGACCCAACACACGAAAAAAUAAUUUCCUCUUUUAUUUUAUUAAUUUCGUGUCGUUUCGCGAAUUGCAAUUUCGCGACAAAAAAUGUCGCGAAAUUCAUUUUUUCUUCAGAUGAAUUGAUCCACAAGAGUGCGUUCUUUUUUCCUUCCGCAAAAAGUGUGCUAUUUUUUGAAUCUUCGUGUCUCAAAUGAAUUGCAGAAGAAACAACUCUCGGUCUAAAUAUUCGCUUUCAAAAAAUGAACAGAGUUCAGAAAAAAGUUCCUCGAUAACUUUCAAAAAUAAAAACAACCGGACAAUUUACCUGUCUUGUUUUUUUAUCAGUUGAUUCAACUCCAGCGUCUUUUUAUCUAUUUAUGUUUACAUUCGCACUACAAUAGUUUCUGGUUUAUUUUCAACAUUUAUUUUAUCCUUGGUUUUUUUUCAACAAACUGAAAAGAAAUAUUUUUGGUAAACAAGCAGAUGUUGUUUAUAUUCUCCUUUUUUCUCUUUCUUUUUUAGAUCAACAAUCAUUUUCUUUUGUUUUUUUUCAGCAAUGCCGAUGGCGGCUAGAUCGGUUCGUGUUCAUUUCGCCGUCGAUGUUGAAAACUUGCAAGCUCAUCAUUCGGUGUUUGUUGUUGGCUCAGCGAGCUCACUUGGAUCAUGGGAAGCAACUAAAGCUUUAGCUCUUCAACAAGAUCCCGAAAGAAAGUAAGAUUGCUUUGAUUUUUUCAUGGGAAUUUUCCCCGCCGGACCUGAAUCUAUUCUCAAAAUUACUAAUUUCAGAAUUCGCUGGAAGGGAGAUUUUGAAACAACCGACGAGAGUAUCAAAUUCCGGUAUUUUGUUGGUUAUUAUUUGACUUCGGAUAAUGGAGAACGAUUGAUUAUUGGUAAGUCCUCCGAAUCAUGUAUUUAUUUUAAAUGACUAAACAUGUAUUCUUCAGAUAAAUGGGAAGCUUUUCUGAAUCCUCGCUCAGUUCUUUGUCAAGUUGAAAGUCGAAAUGGAGAAUGUCGCUUGGAUCGUGUUGAUUUAUUUGGAUAUUAUGGUAUGUUUCAUGGCAGUGUUCUUAUUUUCAUCCGAAAGUUCUCCUUUUAGCUGGCCGAAAAUGUGUUUCGGAUGGAUGGUUGCAAUAUCCAGAGGAAAAUCAAAUUCUACUCAGAUUUCAUGGAAAUGCGCUGAAAUUCUACAAAACUGUCAAGGAGCGAAAAAAUUGUCGAGUCAAGUUGACUCCAAUGGAUGUUCGAAAUCGUAAUGUUAGUUUUAAUUGGAAUUUUUAGCAAAAUGUUUCAUAAUUAAUAUAUUUUCAGCCAAGCAGCGCACAUAUAAGCUUCAGUUAUGGCGAAGAUGAAGAAGAAGAUGAUGAAGAUCCAAACUCAAAUUCAAAUAAUUCAACACAUUCACAAACACAAGUUGCAGUUCUUUCAGAUCCAAAACCCAAAUUUUAUGAUCAGGAAGAAACUGGAGUUAUUUUCAACAAUAAUAAGGAUUAUCUUGUUUUCCGAACACAUUCUGUUGCAACUGAAUUUUUGGUAAGAAUUAUUUAAAAUCCAGUCAUCCCUUUCAAACAAAAUAAUUUCAGGCAUUUUAUAUUGAAAUAUUUUCGGAAGAACGUAAAAGAAUUGGAGCAUGUUAUGCACUUCCUUCUUCACUUCAAGAUACUUGUGGAAUUGUUCAAUUACCAUUUAUAAAUUCAACUGGUCGACCAAUUGGACAAGUUUCAAUUGAAUAUUUAUUUGUGAAAUCUUUGAAUCGAUCAGAUUAUGUUCAAAAAAUGGAUACAACUUUUUGCCGACAUUGGAAAAAGCGAAAUGCGUUAGAAGUUGGACAUCGAGGAGCCGGAAAUUCGUAUACGAAAUUUGCAAUGGCUCGAGAAAAUACAAUUCAUUCAUUGAAUACAGCUGCUAAAAAUGGAGCAGAUUAUGUUGAAUUCGAUGUUCAAUUAACAAAAGAUAAGAUUGCUGUAAUUUAUCAUGAUUUUCAUGUUUUGGUAUCAGUUGCUAGAAGAGAUGGACAUGCAUUACCACCACCUCCAACAAUGGAUAGUUUCAAAGAUGUUACAAAUCUAGAUUAUCAUGAAUUACCAGUCAAAGAUUUGAAAUUAUCACAAUUAAAACUUUUGAUGGUGAGUUUCUUAAUUUUUCAUUAUAAUAAUUAAAUUAUUUUUCCAGCUUGAUCAUUUGAGUUUCCCACAAAAAAAGGAAAAUGUUAAAAAGCUCGUAGAAGCUGGAGAAGAAGAAGAAGAUUUCAAACCAUUUCCAACAUUGACUGAAGCUUUGACAAAAGUUGAUCCUGAUGUUGGUUUCAAUGUUGAAGUUAAAUAUCCAAUGAUGCAAAAUGUAAUUUAAUUUUUGUUAGAUUAUUCCCAUAUUGUUUAUUUUUAUAGAAUGGUGAACACGAAUGCGAUCAUUAUUUCGAGCGAAAUACAUUUGUUGAUAUAAUUUUAUCAGAUGUUUUGAAACAUGCUGGAAAUCGUCGAAUUAUGUUCAGCAGUUUUGAUCCGGAUAUUUGUUCGAUGGUUGCAACAAAACAAAAUCGUUAUCCAGUUCUAUUUUUAUGUGUUGGAGAUACUCAAAGAUAUACUCCAUUUGUCGAUCAAAGAACAUCAACUUCAAUGACUGCUGUUAAUUUUGCAGUUGGAGCUGAUCUUUUAGUUAGUAUUCCUCGGGAUUUAGAAGGGCAUCUUUUUAAAAUUUGGAAACGGAAUAGACCUUUAAGGUAAAUAAUAGAAUUCCAAAAUUCAAAAACAUCGGCUAAAUUUCUCCCAAAUCAUUUCAGUCUCUCGUUUUUUUUAAACUAAACUUUUGAACCUUUUUUUUGAUCUUGCAAAAAAUUCAUAUUUGUUUUCCAGGGUGUCAAUUUCAAUUCCGAAGAUUUACUCAAAGAUCCGAUGCCAGUCAAAAAAGCUAACGAAUUCGGAAUGGUCACUUUUGUUUGGGGAGAAGAUUUAGAUAAAAAAGAAAAUAUUAAUUAUUUCAAAAAAGAAUUGGGCGUCGAUGGUGUAAUUUAUGAUCGAAUUGGAGAAGAAGAAAGAAGACGAAAUGUUUUUAUUGUUGAAAGAGAACAGAAAAAAGCAUUGCUUAGUUGUUCGGGAGCAAGUACUCCACAAAGGUUCGUUUUUUUCAAAGUUUAA